AAGAUAUUGUCAGUCAACAUGGCGGCGGGCGCUGCGCGGCCGGUCGGAGCGCGCGUGCAGUGAUGUCCGCGUCCGCGCCCCACGCCCACGGGCGCACCCCCGUGCGGCGCAGGGGGCAUCAACACCACCCGCGGCUGAGGGGCGACCGCAUUCCCGCCCCUGGGCCUACCGUAAACAAUACUCCGUCCAAAGAUGUGACCUUAGACUGCAAAACAGACGAUGUUGUGCCUUGUGUCAAUAGUGUUAGUGAAUCUCAAGAAGUGACAAGGACGAAUAGUGACGAUGCACUUUCGAAUCGAAAUAUAAUCGAGGACUCGAAUAUAGAUGAUGAUGAAUUUGAUAUUAAGGUUCCUGAUGCGGAGUCCAAUGGUAGUUCCGAUGAUGACUUUUCUUUUAGAGAAGAAAGGUCGGCGGGUGACGGUUCUGAGGUUGUGCCCCUUGCCUCGGAUAUAUCUGACGAUGAUCCUGAGACUGCAGAACUUGCAAAACUCAGGUGUCCAAGCGAAUGCACUGAAGUUUUAGCGGCAAGAGAAAAUCGUAGAAAUCGGAGAUGCGCUGAUUAUCCAGGUCUCGCGUUCGGCAGUUCGAUUUUCUCUUCAGACACUAUGAUGAAAUUCUCCAUCAUCAAGAAUGAGUUGCAGAAUAUCAAGAAUACGGCGUUAAAAAGGGCCGAAUCCGAAGUGGCUGCACUCAACCGCCGCAUCCAACUGUUGGAAGAGGACCUCGAGAGGUCUGAGGAGAGACUGGCGACCGCCACAGCGAAACUCGCUGAGGCCAGCCAGGCCGCUGAUGAGUCCGAACGUGCCCGCAAGGUUCUGGAGAACAGGUCGCUGGCCGAUGAAGAGCGUAUGGAUGCCCUGGAGAACCAGCUCAAAGAAGCCAGAUUCCUCGCCGAGGAGGCCGACAAGAAAUACGAUGAGGUCGCUCGUAAGCUGGCCAUGGUUGAGGCUGACUUGGAACGCGCGGAGGAGCGCGCCGAAGCUGGUGAAUCCAAAAUCGUCGAGCUUGAGGAGGAGCUCCGCGUUGUCGGUAACAACCUGAAGUCUCUCGAGGUCUCCGAAGAGAAGGCGACGCAAAGGGAAGAGACGUACGAGGGUCAGGUGAAACUGCUCGACGCGCAGCUCAAAGAGGCUGAGGCUCGUGCUGAAUUUGCUGAACGCUCAGUCCAGAAACUGCAGAAGGAGGUCGACAGGCUUGAAGACGAUCUGGUGGCCGAGCGCGAAAAGAGCAAACUCCUGCAGGAGGAAAUGGAGGCCACGCUCCACGAUAUCCAGAACAUGUGAACACCUCGCCCUCGCCCGCUCGUCUCACUGUUUAUCGAUGUCGAUAUUUUUCUUGCUCCAUCACUAGCUACCUCCGACUAAACGUCAAUGUCAAAUAAAUGUCACCUGUCAAAGCGGGUUUGUCAAUUUCUAGGAUAGAAUGGGCGGGAAACAACGUGUACAUUAUUUAAUUUUCUUAUUUAUUGUCUCCUUCGAUUUUCGUAUUAGCGUGUAGCGAUUUUUUAUACGUGACAGAGUGAGGCGGGCGGGUGACUAGCUGUUAAAAUGUAGUGUAAUUGCCAGCCGCUUUUAAUUUUACUAUGAUCGAGUGUUCGCUACGACACCACUGCCAUGUGCAAUUUUCGUACACAGUUUAUUCUAAUUAUUGUUCGCCGAUAGGUAUCCUCAUUUGUCUUAGUCAUUCGCUCCUGUAUCAAAACCGCAAGGAUAUUAGUGUUGUAUGCGAUUAAACGCUUGUAUUUAUAAGUUAAAGACAUUCCAUUUCGUGGACCAAUUUUUACACGUCUAAAUUUUAUAGCACAAUGAUGAUUUUUAGCACGCGAGUUGUAUUAACAUUCCCCAUUUACAUUUGUUAGUGUAAUUUAACGUGCAUACAAAAUGACAUCGAGGAGAGCUCAGAGCACUAUUUUACGAUCAUGAUUUUUUUAUUUACUUAAUGCUAGAAAAGAGAUUAGAUUUUUUUUUAUUUAAUGAGUGAUGGUAACAAGUAAAAUGAUAUUUAUGUGAAAUCCUUGAUAUGAAGAUUUUGAUAUUCUAUAUUUAUUCGAGAAUGUUUCCUUCUUGUGUCAUAUUUCCAUUUUGUUAUUCAUUGAUCGAUUUGAUGAACGACGGCCAUCUUUCUUGGUGUUUAGGAAUAUUUAAAGCUGGCAAUACCCUCGGGUAGCGUUGCGUCACUCGCGGUCCGGGCGUUAUUUCAUAUUAUGAGACUAAAUUUAAUGUAUUAAAAUUUAUUUUUCAAUCAAUCGAGGGUAAUCCGUCUUGAAAAUGUUAUCGAUUUAUGAAUUGAUAGAUAAUAAGUACGUGAGAAAUAAAUUAAUGAGUUUAAGAGUAUUCUAACACAAGUGUUUAUAAAUAUAUUAUAUUAUUAUUUUUA